AUGGGUGGUGUGGCCACGGAUGCAAAGUUCCAUGUCCUUGCUGUUGAUGAUAGCCUCAUUGAUAGAACGUUGAUUGAGAGGCUUCUCAAGACAUCCUCUUAUCAAGUGACUGCUGUGGAUUCUGGCAACAAGGCUCUGGAGUUUCUCGGUUUACAAGAUGCGGAAGGGAGGCAUUCAGACCUUGUCAACGUUUCUACAAACAGCCAUGAUCAAGAAUCUUCAUCUUUAAAGGACAUACCAGUGGUCAUCAUGUCCUCUGAGAAUAUCCCUUCAAGGAUUAAUAGCUGCUUGGAACAAGGAGCGGAGGAGUUCUUUCUUAAGCCAGUUAAACAAGCAGAUGUGAAUAAGCUUAGACCACAUUUAUUGAGGGGAAAGGCUAAGGAACUGUUCAACCACAAGAAAGAUGUCAUGGGAGAAUGUCUUCCACUUGAAAGAACAAGAACAAGACACAAUGGCUUUGAAGUUGUCCAGUGA